UGUGCUUAUUUUCUUCAUCUUUCUCCCUACAAUCCGUUUCCAUCAUCUUCUUCAUUCUUCUUUUUCCAUAUAUAAAAUAAGGAGGCAAAGCCGCCUCUUCUUUUCCACUGGACUUUGUUUUGAUCCGUAGCUUCUCCUCUUACAUAAAUUAAUAAAGCAGUAGUGGCUUUUAUGGAGAAUUAUCAAAUGUUCUUCCCUAUCUCGGCCCCAUCAACAGCAGCUCAAUCAUUACCGUUAAACAUGGCACCUAAUUCCCAAGCUUUUAACAGUUUUCAUGGGAAUUCGGUUGAUGGGUUCUUAGGUUUGAAGAGUACCGAAGACUUGAUUCAGAAACCAGAAGCUAAGGACUUCAUGAAAUCAAGUCAAAAAAUGGAAAAGAAGAUUAGGAAGCCUAGAUAUGCUUUUCAAACAAGGAGUCAGGUUGAUAUACUUGACGAUGGAUAUCGUUGGAGGAAAUAUGGGCAAAAAGCUGUUAAGAACAACAAAUUCCCAAGGAGCUAUUACCGAUGCACACAUGAAGGAUGCAAAGUAAAGAAGCAAGUCCAACGUCUAACCAAAGAUGAAAGUGUGGUUGUCACGACUUAUGAAGGAAUGCACACUCAUCCUAUUCAGAAGCCAACUGACAAUUUUGAACAUAUAUUGAGUCAAAUGCAGAUUUACACUCCCUUCUGAAACCCCAUCUUCAUGAAAUUGUAGUAUGCUUUAGUAAGGACAUAACAAUCUUAAAUUUAAUCCUUCAAUAUGAAAUAAUAAUGUUGUAAUCGUAAAAAUGUUCUUUUGUUUUUUUCUCUCCUUACCCUUGGUUAAUUAGGCAUUGGGAAGGAAAUUAAUGUCAGUUUAUUUAGACAUUUUUAUGGUGUAUUUGAACUGAUAAAGAAUUGAUCGUUUUCUCUUGGGAAAAUUUUAUUUUUCGUUUA